UGUGGGCCAUUCCAAAUCGGCCCACAUGACACCUCUACAGCCAGGAACGGCGGGAACGUCAGGAACCGCGGCGGAUGACGGAAUUGGGGGAUUCUGGCAUUCUGCUUAGCCCCUCAGAGAAAGGGGGAAAAAAACCAGCAAGGCAGCAACGAUAACGUCCUUAAGCCUUUUACUUGCGCCGGUAUCUCCUUCUCCGCUGUUCUUCAGUCGCAUCUCUUACUUCCACUCUUCUCCUCCAGUGAUACCUCGAACCCUCACUCUUCGUCCGUCUAGUCUUACGCUUUUAUAGAAAGCUAAUUUUCAGUUUUUCUGUUUGUAUGAUUGAAGAAAGAAAUGGAAGGCAACGGAGAUUCGAAUUACACUUUUUUUCCUUUCUGUUUUUUAAAAAAUGAUUAGUGUCCGAUAGAAUCAGGAUGUCAAAUAUAUGUUUCGAUUAUGCCUUUAGAUUGCUUUGUUUCAAUGUUUUAGGGAAGCUACAAGCAGUGUGGAACAUAUCAGAGACAAUUUCUUCGAAUCUACACCGUAUAUUUAGUUACCUUUUUCACUAGGUUAUUACUAUUUCAAAAUUAAAUGCUUUUGUAACUCGUGUAAUUCUAUUGACUCGGUGCAAAGAAAAGAAUUUUAGUUUGAAUUGUUCGACUGAUUUUGUCGAUAUUUUUUUGAACAAGACAUUGUGCUAUGCCGUGUUCAAUUGUUUCUAAAACUGUGCACAGAAUAAAGAAAUUAAUGGCACUAUGAAGCAACUAUUGGCUCAAUUGUUUGAACAGGUGCUUAGAACAACAGUCUCCGAUGAGCCAGAUGUAGAGCCUUUGGCUGCUGCCUACACUGCAAAGUUCGGGGAUCACCAAUGGUAUCGCCUUAACGAGGAGAAAGCUGAGUGGAUUGUACAUGCCACUUGAUUUUGGCCAGCAGCAGCACUUUUGAUAUGGUAUUUAGAGCUACCGAGCGUGCGGGUUGGCUCCCAGAUGAUGAUAGUACAUACCAAAAAACUAGUCAUGUUGGUUUUGGCCUAGUUCUAGUCGAGGAUAGCAAAAUGCUUUUGGAGGUAGUUCGAUUAGUUGAUUUACUUGUUGCAGCCAUGAGCCGGAUUAAAGAUGCACUAAUUGAGCAGGGUAUAGAUAAAGAAUGGACGGAGGAGGUGCUUGAGCAUACUGCUGAGGCUGUUGGUUAUGGUGCUGUCAAGUCCAGUGAGGGCAAAUUCACUAAUUCAGAGGUCACAGGAUUCCAGAGACAAAAUUGACUCUUGGUGUCUUUAUCGGACAAUAGUAACCAUCCGUAACAGCAAUUCCAUAGCAUUUUGUUCGCCAGGUUUGGAAGAUUUGUGCUUCGAAAGGCUUGGCUUGAUGUGAGUGUGCAGAUAUAGCCACUCUUGUCAUCUUCAUCACCAUCUGCAAACACCAACCAUGGACAGGUUGGAGGCAGCAGCUCCAUCAAGAAAGUUAAAAGAUGUGAAUCAGGAAUCGGGACUCAGGAGGGCGACGGAUAACUGCUAACUGCUAAGGCUAGGCAGGGUAUAUAUAUAUAUAUACACAGAGAGAGCCACCAAAUUUGUUUCUAUUAAAUUUGUGCAAUUAAAAUCCACUUGUUAUAUAGACAUGCGCGUCUCUCGCAUAGAUGGCUAUGGUAAAGAUUGUCUAUAAUUGCAGAGGAUGUAUAUAGUCCAUAGUUGAUCCCAUAUAGAAAAAUA